AUGAGUGGCUUUGACCCUUUUGUCACACUUUCAAUUCUGAGCCUGAUUCUUAUUUUAAUUUUAAAUAUCAAGGUCAUUAUGACUAGAAGAUCCAAGCAACCUUUUCCUCCAGGACCCAGGCCAUUACCAGUCAUCGGAAAUCUUCACAUGCUGAAUCUGAAGAGGCCAUAUCUCACCAUGCUGGAGCUCUCCCAGAAGUAUGGCUCUAUUUAUAGUUUACACAUGGGACCAAAGAAGGUGGUGGUGCUCUCUGGAUACGAAACAGUGAAGGAUGCCUUGGUCAAUCAUGCCGAUCAGUUUGAAGAACGACCCCGAGUGCCGAUAUUUGAAAGGCUUUUUGAAGGGAAAGGAAUUGUUUUCUCUCAUGGGAAAACUUGGAAAACCAUGAGAAGAUUCAGCUUGACUACCUUAAGGAACUUUGGUAUGGGCAAGCGAAUCAUAGAAGACACAAUCACAGAGGAAUGCAAACAUCUCCUAAAGAACUUUGAAUCCCACAGAGGAAAGCCCUUUGAGAUCAAGACAGUGAUGAAUGCUUCUGUUGCUAAUGUCAUUGUGUCUAUCCUAUUUGGGAAGCGAUUUAACUAUGAAGACACUCAAUUCCUGAGACUUUUGUCCUUGAUCGGUGAAAACGUCAAACUUCUUGGACAUCCUAAAAUUGUGCUAUUUAAUAUGUUUCCUGCUUUGGGGUUCCUCCUGGAAAGCCAUAAAAAAGUACUCAGGAAUAGAGAUGAAUUAUAUUCUUUUAUAAGGACAACUUUCCUAGAUCAUCGCCAGAACUUAGACAAAAACGAUCCAAGAAGUUUUAUUGAUGCCUUUUUGAUCAGACAACAGGAGGAGAAAAAUGAAUCUACGAACUAUUUUAGUGACGAAAACUUAGUGGCAAUGGUUAGUAAUCUCUUUGGGGCGGGUACAGAGACCACAAGUUCUACACUGCGCUGGGGGAUUCUGCUUAUGAUGCGUCAUCCAGAGGUCCAGAAAAAGGUUCAUGAUGAGAUCACCAGAGUCGUGGGGUCCGCCCGGCCUCAAAUAGCACACAGCGUUCAAAUGCCGUACACAGAUGCCGUCAUUCACGAGAUACAGAGAGUGGCUAACAUCCUACCAGUGGGCUUACCUCAUGCAACCACCAUGGAUGUCACCUUCAAAAAUUUCUUUAUUCCAAAGGGCACUGAGAUUGUUGCUUUGCUGACCUCUGUUCUUCAAGAUCAAACACAGUGGGAAAAGCCAGACACAUUUAAUCCUGAGCAUUUCCUCAAUUCUUCUGGAAAGUUUGUCAAGAAAGAAGCAUUCAUGCCUUUCUCAGCUGGUCGCCGGAUGUGUGCUGGUGAAUCUCUGGCCAAAAUGGAACUCUUCCUUUUCUUCACCAGUCUCAUGCAGAAAUUCACCUUCCAGCCACCUCCUGGGGUUUCCCAUCUGGACCUGGACUUAAGCCCAGAUAUUGGCUUCACCAGUCAACCGAUGCCACAGAAGAUAUGUGCUCUGCUUAGGACCUAG